GAAAACAAACAAACCGAAAAUGGUGUACAAGUGUGUGAAGGCGUUUGUUUGUCCACGACUCUUUCAAAGCAAAGUACACUUCGAAUCCUAGUUAAUGUGAAGAAAAAUAAAUGGGUUCCGCUGCGAGCAAAUCUAAUGAUCUACAAAUUAAUGUGCCUCAACCAUCAGCAGGAGUAAUCCAAAAACCUGAGGCAAACAAUGAUGAAGAGAAUUUUCUUGAAGUUGGCGAUAACCCAACAGAGGAAGAAGAACCAGAAACAGGAUUUCCUCACAACUUUGAAAGAAAAUUGGUGCAACUUAAAACUACUGAAACACCUUGGGAGCCUAAAGAAACUCUUCAAAUAUUUGAAUUCUUAGUAAAGCGCUAUUUUGUGAGAUCAAGAAAGCGACUGCUGGAGGAAAUCAACAUUAUUGGUGACUUGAUGAUAAAACAUUCUUUUCUGGAUGUUUGUGUUCGUGUGUGGGAAUUUUGUCACAAUACUGAUGAUGAAAAUUUAAACUUUCGAAAAAAUAGGGCUUACCUUCAGAUGAAGUUGGUAUUGUUGAACUACAGCAAUAAAUGUUACAAUCUUUGUAAAGAAAGUUACAAACAAAAGACUUAUUUAAGAUGUUGCAUGAAGGAAUUCUCUAUACCAGACCUUGAUGUAAAACAACUAACAAAUCCAUCCAUGCGAUUUCGAAUUAAGAGCACAUUCGGUUAUUUAUUCAACUGUGUUCGGUUGUACAACAAAGUUCGUUUGAUUAUACGCGAGAAAGAAGGAGUGAAUUCUAUUUUGAAAUAUUACCAAUCAACAUACCUCAUAGUCAAAGCCAAUGUAAUGCUUCUAUUAGCAUUCUGUGUUGAUGAAAAAGAAAAUGAAAAAAUCAUUACAGGAACUGGUGUAUUAGAUUUUAUUAUUAAGUUGCUCUCAAGUGCACUUGCUUCAUCAAAUCAUGUUGCAAAGACAUAUGCAUUCUCUGCUACUGAAACGGUCAUGGGCCUGGACAAACUUGCAAUGAAUGAUAAUAACAAGGUGUCCAUUGUCAAUGCUGGCGUGUUGCCAUUAUUGGGCAAAAUGUUAGAAGAAAAUGGGUUAAAAGAAGAACAUAAUGUUGCAUCUCAUUGUUUGUGGACGUUAUCCUUUCAUAAAGAUAAUAAAGAUAAAAUCAGACAGGAACCUGGGAUACUAAAUGCAGUGUAUCGCAUACAAAGUGAUCCUUCUUCUGAGCCAGCUUCCAAACGCUCCAGUGAAGGUAUACUGUUUAUACUGGAUGAGCAAAAGCAUGUGAACUUACAAGUUGAGAUGAAUGAAUCACAGCAUGUUAUGAUAAGCUAUCAGUGGGAUGUUCAACCAAUGAUGCUGCAGGUGCGUAACAAGUUAAAAGAAAACAAGUUCAAAGUUUGGAUCGAUGUGGAUCGUGUUGAAGGAUCCAUCUUAUCAGCGAUGGCUGAUGCUGUUGAGAACGCAUCGGUGGUUGUUGUUGCUAUGAGUGAAAAGUAUAAGAACAGCAAUCCAUGUCGGACGGAAGCGGAAUACGCAUACAAGUUACAGAAGCCCAUUGUACCACUACUUCUUGACGAAAGCUACAAACCUGAUGGUUGGCUUGGUGCAUUGGUUGGCAUGCAAAUGUACUUCAAUUUCAGUGAUGCAAGCUUGUUUGAAGCAAAUUGUCCAAAGAUGAUAAAAACAAUUUCUUCGAAAGUAUACAAGCAACCAGAAAAGAACUUGUCUGUUAUUGCGGUGGAUGCAAAACCUCCAUCCGCCUUGCGUGAUAGUUCAAAAUUAUCAACCGAAAAUACUCGUUUGGAAGAUUGGGGAGUAACAGAAGUAUCUGAAUGGGCAAAGAAAACAAAAAUAGAUGGAUUGCAGUCUGCAAUGUCAUAUUUUGAUGGUGUAGCUCUAAUGCAGUUAAACAAACUCAUGCAAAGAAGCCCAGACAUUUACUACAGUAGCAUUAGAAAUGAUCUGAAGCUUAGCCUUCUACAAGCUUUACACUUGACUUCUGCACUUGAACAGUUGUGAUCGUAGCAGUUUUAUAACUUAUAUAGUUGGAUGGUGGAAGACGGGACACCUUCAGCACAUAAUAUCCUGACUGUGUUUUAUGCAAGUAACAAAGGCCUAUGGGAGUUGUAGGAAUACGGAUUUAUAACUUUUUGAAUGCAUUUUGUUUACUAUUGAAUGGAUAGAGAAAAUAGAAUAGAUAGGUGUCCCAUCUUCCCCCACCCGACUAUACUUAAUACUGUAUUUAGUAGCAUUUUUUGUACAAUCACUGUAUUUUAUUUCCUCGUGCACUUAAACCAUCAGUAUUGAAUUGUCACCACACUACCAAUUUAUCCCGUCACUGUUUUAUAAAUCUAUGAUAGUAAAGCAUCAGGUAAUAUACAAAAUAAAGAUCUUUAAUAGUUAAAUGCAAUAAGUAAAUGUACGUUGGUAUGUAGCUCUGUGAUACAAAUUUACUAUCUGUACCAUGUUUAUAAGCAUACAUUUAAAAUGGUUUACAAGGAGAUAUAUAUACAGUGCAAAUAAAUAAGCACAGUGCGUA